CCAGCAUCCUCCUGGUGAAAAAUCAGUCACCGAUGAUCCUUCUUUGGCGGUCCGCUCCUUCUGCCAAAUUGUCUCCCAGCAUCUCACGGAGAUCAGGGCAAAGUUUAGUUUGCUGAUUGAGCUAACAGCACCCGAGUCGCCUGACUACACAGCCUGUCUUCGGGGAGGGGUUUAGUGCGCGGCGUGGUCUGUUGUAUGUAUAAGAGGGAGUCACUAUUUCCAAACUGUCUCUUCCCCGGCGCUCAUCUCUGCCAGUGUGCUUCGUUCAUCCUCGAUCCCAUGGUCUCCUCCGAAUCCAUUUUCAAGAACAUUCGCGUCUAUUGGCUGGCGUUUGUGACUUAUUGGGGAAUCAUACUCUUCGGGUGCGUCAAAUUAGUUUCGCGUCUGCCCGGUUGCGCUCCAGCAUGAUCCCGCAGAUACGACACGUGAGUAGAUGGGCCUACUAUCCGCAUCGGUCGAGUGAGUAUACAUCUCGCCGCAGGGGGAUCGCCUCGGGAGUCGUCACCGCCCCAAUCUUCCUAGAUCAAUUUGGUCUGAACAACGCGGACGGGACACCAAACAAGAAGAAGAGCAACAACAUCUCGGAAAACGUCGUGGCUGUCCUCCAAGCCGGGGCAUUCUUUGGGGCGCUGGGAAGCGCGCUAAUUUCGGCGAGAUUCGGCCGUCGAUACACACUUAUCGGCUUUUCAGGUGUCUUCAUCCUCGGCGCCAUUCUGACUACCGUGGCCAAAGGCGGGUCACAGGGUCUGGCGGAGAUCUACGCGGGACGCGUCAUCACGGGUAUUGGGAUUGGCGGGAUCUCCGCCGUCGCCCCCGCUUUCGUUUCCGAGUGCUCUCCGAAAGAGGUCCGCGGACGGAUCACCGGUCUGUUUCAGAUAUUUGUCGCGUUUGGGGUGAUGAUGUCCUACUGGGUCAAUUACGGGAUCGCUCUGCAUGUCAAACCAGGCCCCAAGCUCUGGCGCAUCCCCUUCGGAAUCCAGCUCAUCCCCGCCGGCGUCAUGCUUCUCGGCCUGCUCACAGUCAGAGAAUCGCCGCGCUACCUGGCAUCUGUGGGGCGCACACAGGAAGCACUCGACAACCUCGCGUAUCUGCGCCGCGAGCCUCCCACGGCCGACGGUGUGAUCCACGAGAUGGCGGAGAUCGAAGCGGCCAUCCAGGAGGAGCGCGAUGCGAGGCGGGAGCUGGGGUUGAAAGAGGCGUUCCUGGGAAAGGGGAAUUGGAUCCGCUUCGUUAUCGCAAUCGUGAUUUUCUUGUUACAGCAGUGGUCCGGUCAGAAUGCCGUCAACUACUACGCACCGCAGAUCUUCGCCUCGAUCGGGUACACCGGCAGAAAGAACGGAUUGCUUGCAACCGGAAUCUAUGGCGUGAUCAAAGUGGUCGCCACCGCGAUAUUCGUCUUCCUCGGGGUCGAAUGGCUUGGCCGUAAAGCAUCGCUCUUCAUCUCGGCGGUGGGCAUGGGAACCUGCUUCUUUAUCAUAGGUUCCAUUCUCAAAACUCACCCGCCCCCCGCCACCAGCGCCACCGCGGCCCCAGUGGGUAAUCCACCCGCUGCGUCGAAGGCCAUGGCGGCCAUGCUGUAUAUAUUUGUUUGCUUUUAUUCGAUGGGGUGGGGUCCGCUUCCCUGGGUCUACUGUGCUGAUAUAUUUCCCACUCGGACACGACACUUCGGGUUAGCGGUCGCUAGCGCAUCACAAUGGCUUUUCAAUUUCGUGCUCACGCGUACGACUCUGCAAAUGGAGACCAAUCUCGGCUACAAGAUAUAUCUGAUGUUCGGGGCCAUCAAUAUCGGUGGUUCCGCAGUCUUCUCACUCUUCAUCCCCGAAACGAAAGGCCGUUCGUUGGAGGACAUGGAUGUAAUUUUCGGCGCAGUAUCGCGAGAGAAGAGACAGGCAGAUAUUGCCAAACAGGAGCAAGAACUGGACGUCCGAGAUGGUUCGGAAAAAGCUUGAGCCGUGUGGUAUUUUGUUGAUCGGAACUUAUUUGUCUUCUUCCUGUGUCGCUGCUCCUUCGCAUGGCAAAAACUCGGGAAUCCCAUCCUGUUUGUCAAGUGUGACCACGUGCUACUUCAGUCAGUGACUCGUUUGUUUCAAAGUCCAAUCAUGUAUGGAAAAGUGGAUUUGAGAAAUGACCCUUGUUUAUCUGUGGGUACUUAUAGACGUUGGAAAGAGAGAAAAAGGUUUCGG